UCCUGCAGUGCCCUGGCCGACACAGAAGCGCCCUGGCGGAAUCCGGCAGAGGAUACACGCUUUUCCCCCGCGCUGCCAAAGGGUUGAGCAGCAAAGAGGUCCCCAGGGGCAUUGUGUGCAAGCCGGCCCGGAGAUCGUAGGCCCGGGGGGCAGCUCCAUCCGAGGAGACAAGACACGCCUCAGACCGGGCAAAUUCCCGGCCUCCUCUGGCCCCGAGCCAGCAGCCGCCGCCCGACACCUCCUCGCCUCCUCUGCUGUUGACCCAGCCGCCCCGCCGGGCCCCGAACUCGCCGGCGCCUCGGCGCUCGGCCCCUGGGCCCACGGCCCUGGCGGCGCGGUUGGGACGGGACCGAUGUGGCGCAUGCGUGGUGGCGCCACCAGGCGCGGGACCUGCGGCAGCGGGGGCGCCGGAGACAGCCGCGGGCAGGGCCGCCCGGGCCGCGUUUGUGGGGGUGGUGGAGGAGACGGCAGCGUGGGCUGGCGAGGCCGUGCCGGCGGCGCCCGACAGCAGCUGGAAGAGCGGUUCGCCGACUUGGCCGCGAGCCACCUGGAGGCCAUCCGCGCGCGGGACGAGCGGGACCGGCAGAACGCGCGGCUGCGCGAAGAGAACGCCCGGCUGCGGCUCGAGAACCGGCGACUGAAGCGCGAGAACCGCAGCCUCUUCCGACAAGCCCUGCGGCUCCCCAGCGAGGAUGGCGACGGGGCGUCCGGGGAGGUGACGAGGGCGACCCUGGCGCCCGAGGAGCCCGGCACGGACCGGAGGGCGAGAGGCGGCGGCCCCGAGGAUGAGCCGGGCAGCCCCAGGGCCUUGAGAGCCCGGCUUGAGAAGCUGGAGGCCAUGUACCGCCGGGCCCUGCUGCAGCUGCACCUCGAACAGCGCGAGUCGCGCCCGCACGGAGACAAAGAAGAGCCGUCUCUGCUCAAACCCGACUCAGGCCUCCAGUCCCCCCAGCCGCAGCCCUCGGAGCCCUGGCUGUAACCCGAGGCCUCAGCCUGUGGGGGGCGGGGCCUCGCGCGGGCCCCACCUCCUCCGUUCAAGGCUCCCCCAGCCUAUAUCUCGCCCAAGUCUUGCUCUCCAGCUUGCUGCCUAGCCCAGGACAUUUCCCCAGGCGCUUUGAGGAGGCCCUGGGAGGCUUAGAAGGGCGCAGGGCCAUUCACGUGUACAGAGCACCUGUCAAUGGCACCUGCUGGUUUCUGAGAAGAGAGGCCUAGCACUGGAAGGGCAAGUUUAUAAAACAGCAGGAAAUGGGUGCCAGUUAAUACUUCCUAAUGUCUGAACUUUUCUGAGUGUUGUGAGAACCUGUGUGUUUUUUUCCUGUUUUGAAUAAUACAUUUUGAAUUUAUUGA